AAAACGAUCGCAUAAUGUCAUUUUCAACCGUUUCAACGAGAUUUCUUUCUCUUCUUUUUCUUUUGGGACUCGUCUCAUCUCUUUUUGCUGCAAGCAUCAAACAAGAGGAACCAGCGAACGUUCAAUGUCACAACAAUAACGAAUGUCCUGAUGAUCACUGCUGUGUCUUAGGUGGAGGAAGAUACAGUUUACCUCAAUGUAGUCCUAUGAGAAAGAGAACUGAAAAUUGUCGACCUACCAAUGAUCUGCUCAACACGACCCUAUAUUAUCCGAAUAAUAGCAAGCUAUCGAUAACUGAUGUGUAUCAUAUAGUAUGUCCUUGCAAUAAAGGAUUAACCUGCGAUCUCAAGGAAGGCAUUUGCAUAGACAACGAUUAAAAGCACGACUUUCUGGAAUAAAAAUCGAUUGAUCCAUAAAAUAUCUUAUAUAAUGCUAUGAUUUAACCGAUAGCAUAGUUAUUCCUAUUAUUUUUUGCUUUUGUUUAUUUUUUUUUCUCUCUGUACAUAUAUUUUCUUUCUUUGGCAGGCUUUGAAAGAUAAAGAAAAUGAAUAAGAUAGCUUUGAAACUUUCAAAGAUUAAUUAUGUGGAUUUUGUUAUGGUAAUACAGACCAAAGGUUUUAUUUUAAGAAAUCGUUAGGAUUAAGACGAAAUAUAUAACGUAAAAAUAGAAAAUUAAACAACGUUAUAUUCAUGAUAUUACUCUCUGAAGUCAUUUUAAAUUUAUAGUUUUCUGUAAUUGUGAUAUAUAAUGUAAUUGUGUAUAUAAAUUCGACAAAAUUAUAAAAGUA